UUAACUUCCUGGCUUAUGAUCGCUUCUGGUGCGUACACAUCUGCUCCUGCAAGGCUCAAGCCAUGGCCACACUCAAGAUCCCAAGAGUCCCUCUCUCUCACGCUUCGAGGAACCAUUCUUUCUUCAACUACUCUACUUGGUACUCACCGCCUUCCUCUUACCCUGACGACCCUCUUCUCACAACAAUCUCAGAAGCAAUCAAAACUUCGGUAACAGCAGCUGACACUUCUUCUCUUAAAAAACUCCUCAAUUCUUUUACGCCCUCUCAUGUCAUCAACCUUAUCAACCACAACCCUCACUCUCUUCCACCAAACUUUCUCUUCUCCUUUUUCAACUUCCUUUCUUCGCAGCCUAACUUUCGCCUCACGCUACAAUCCUAUUUUGCAAUGAUUCAUUUUCUUAUUGCCCAUAAAAUGCACUCUCAAGGCCAACAUCUUCUUCAUUUCGUGGUUUCUAAGCAAGGGAAGGGCUCAAGUUCUAAACUUCUUGCUUCGGUUAUGGAAACUAGAGGUGCCCAUUUGUCUGAUUUUUUUGUUUUUGAUGCUUUGAUGAUUGUUUAUACGGAUUUAGGGUUUUUAAAUGAUGCUGUUCAGUGUUUUAGGUUCGUUAGAAAGCAUAAUUAUCGGAUUCCUGUUAAUGGGUGUAGGUGUUUGCUUGAUAGAAUGACGAAAACGAGCUUACCUAUGGUGAUUUGGGGUUUUUAUUUGGAGAUUUUGGAUUAUGGGUUUAAGCCAAGUGUGUAUAUUUUCAAUGUUUUGAUGCAUAGAUUGUGUAAAGAAAGUAAAAUUAAGGAUGCCCAAGUGGUUUUUGAUGAGAUUAAGAAGAGGGGUUUGCGUGCGACGGUUGUAAGUUUCAAUACUUUGAUUAAUGGGUAUUGUAAAGCUAAUAAUUUAGAGGAGGGAUUUAGGUUGAAGAUGGUCAUGGAGGACAGUGGAAUGCAGCCAGAUGUUUACACCUAUAGUGUUUUGAUCGAUGCAUUGUCUAAAGAGAGUAGGUUAGAUGAUGCAAAAUUGCUUUUUGAUGAGAUGUGUGGAAGAGGGUUGGUCCCAAAUGAUGUUACUUUUACUAUCUUGAUCGAUGGGCAUUGUAAGAAUGGGAGGGUUGACUUGGCCAUGGAUAUUUAUCAUCAAAUGUUGAAGGGAGGUAUGAAGCCUGAUUUGAUAAUGUAUAAUACACUCAUCAAUGGCCUUUGCAAGAUUGGAAAUUUAAAGGAAGCAAGGAAACUUUUAGAUGAGAUGUAUGCCAAGGGUUUUAAGCCUGACAAAAUUACUUAUACGACACUCAUAGAUGGUUUCUGCAAGGAUGGUGAUUUAGAAUCGGCCUUUGGUAUUAGAAAAGAAAUGAUUGAAAGCGUUAUCAAGCUUGACAAUGUAGCCUUCACAGCGCUUAUUUCAGGACUUUGUCGAGAUGGGAAUGCAAUGGAGGCGGAAAGAACAUUGAGGGAGAUGAUCAAAGAAGGAUUGAAACCAGAUGAUGCCACAUAUACUAUGGUUAUCGAUGGAUUUUGCAAACGGGGAGACGUUAAGAAGGGUUUUAAGUUGCUUAAGGAGAUGCAAUGUGAUGGGCACGUACCAAGUGUGGUAACCUAUAAUGUGCUCAUGAACGGGCUCUGCAAACAAGGGCAAAUUAAAAAUGCUAAUAUGCUCUUAGAUGCUAUGCUUAAUCUAGGUGUUGUUCCAGAUGACAUUACUUAUAACAUUCUAUUAGAGGGCCAUUGCAAGCAUGGAAACUCAGAAGAUUUUGAUAAACUACAAAGUGAGAAGGGGCUUGUAUUGGAUUAUGCUUCUUAUACCUCACUUAUCAAUAAAACAUUGAAAGAUCGGCAGAAGGGAUGAUUGUAUUGUGUCUUAAACCAAGUGUCUGAGUAGGUUGGCUUUGCUGUCAAGGACUGCGAGUUUAAUGAUGACCCGAGAGGACUUUCUGAUGAUUUUCUAUGUUAUAUAUCAGUUCAGAUCAACCAGAAGGAGUGAAGUGAUUAGAAAUGUGUCCAUGCACCAACACAAGCUUGCUGAUAAUUAUUCCAUUUAAGAGCAAAGUGAUUACAGAUUAUUUCAGAAGUAGGUUGGCUGAGAAGAUAAUUCAGGAGUGGAAACCUCAGAGAAUUUGAAAUGAUAGUUCUUGUUAACCAUAAUCUCAGAGUUUGACAGAGUAAUCUGUUUAUAGUGUUAUCUGUCUACAGUAUUUGAAAUGAUAAUUCUUGUUAACCAUUGUCAGUUUGUCUAUAAUGUUUUUGCUAAUGUGGACCCCUGGCCCACUAUGCAGUAUAUUUUUUUCACAUCAAGAGGAAGCACCAGAGUUUUAACUCUGAUGUAGGUUGGGAUGGGUGGAAUAGAAUGUUGGUAUAGUUCAUACCAAUUUGAAAGGGCAUGGAUCUUUUUCGAUUGGCAAUUAGGAAAUGUUGUUCUUAAGAUGGUUACCCAUCCAGGAUAGCUGGUGUUUAUGUGACAAAGGACUUCUGUGCUUGUGGAUAUAAGUGGUGCCUCUUAGCAACACAGAACUGAGGAGCAGAUUAGUGAAUUUUUAUAUCCAUCCUGAUUCAAGAGAUUUCAUUUUUCUGCUGUAAACGACCUGACAAUGGACAGAUGUUUAUUUCCUUAAUCCAGAUCUUCAUGAUAAGCUUGUCCUGGAGGAUUUUACAGUUCCUGUGGCUUUUCAUUUGAGUUAGGAACUUAAAACGGGAAUAUCGAUACUGUAGAGAGAAAUAUGUAUGUGACUAUAGUCUUUUUGUGCUCGAACUGUCUCUGCCUGGAGGGAGGCAGAACUCAACACUUCUCUGCGGGCACAGAUAAAAUCAUUUUCUUCUUCAAUUCCCUGUAUUUAGCUUAUCUUCUUUUCCAUAUCUCAGCUGUGUUUACAUCUUCUAUAUUUGGCAUGGAAAGAACAUAAUAGAUACUGAUUUCGGAAUGUGACUCAAAA